UGGAGAAAGGCCCGACUUACUCCAUGUAUUUGCUUUCAAAGAUUAUAGAGGAAUAACUGUUCUGGAAUUACUCCAGGUAUUUGCUUCCAAAGGUUAUAGAGGAAUAACUAUUCUGGAAUUACUCCAGGUAUUUAAUUCAUUAUCGUAUACAAUAUAAAAUUAAAUUUUUUUUAAAAAAAAAAUUCUCCAGAUAACUAUUUCUCUUCUCUUGGACGCAUGUUUGCUUGUUUAAAUCUCAAAAUGGCUACGCACAAACAACCGAUGAACCUGCAAAUUAUUGCGAAAAGGAAUUGAAUGGGCUUUUGAUAUGGAGUUAUAAAUUCGCCAAUUUGCUCCUGGCUUGCAAGAUGGGGGAUUUGGAAAUGGAGGAGUUGAUUAUAGAGAACAGGAUAUUGUGUUUUGAGAAGGACGGGUUUGGGAAGACGGCUCUCCAUAUUGCUGCGGAGAACGGCAAAGUAGAUGCUUUGAGAGUAUUUCUUCCGUUGAACUCUGAUGGUUCUGUGGCUGUAGAUAUCUCUUAUGACCCAUCUUAUUUAAGUUUUCUUGGGAUCUGUUCGGAACCUAAACCUAUGAUAACCUGGGAUUUAAUCAUGCACACUGGUGAUUAUAGUCAGAGAGGGUUGUCCAACGGCUCAAGGGAUCUGACGGAAGAGAAAAUCAAGCAAAAUGAUAAUUGUAGUCCUAGAGGGUUGUCCAAUGGCUCAAGCGAUUUGAAAGAAGAAAAAAUCAAGCACAAUGAUAAUUGUGGUCCUACAGGGUUGCCCAACAUACAAAUAAUCGAGCCCAAUGAUGAUUAUAGUCGUAGAGGGUUGCUCAAUUGGUCAUCCAAUAGAAGCAUUGUUGAGCCCUCUGUUCGAUUCAGAACUGGUUUGCUACUGAUAGCCGCACUGACCGCAGCAACAACCUUCCGAGUACCUUUUCACUUCCUUGGCAGCACUUCCAAAGAGGGCUAUGAACAACAUUCAAUCAUGCGUAGCUUGAUCAUCUUGUGUAAUUCCCUGGUGUUCAUUGCAUCAAUGGGUGUUAUUACAUACCUCCUGCAUGAAUUCCCACUAAAGCCAUUGCCUCAUAGCUUAAUUUUGGCACUAUUUGGUUGUUAUAUGCUCUCAUUAAAUGCAAUCAUACCGAAUGGAGCUCUGGCGCUGUUCUGCAUAUCAAUUCCCAUUUUGUUGGUUGGCAUCUGCAGGGAAGCUUUAUGGCUUUGCAAACCAAAGACUCACUUGAGCACGUCAGGUGAUGUUAGUUCUUGUUGAUCAUGUUUUCUUUGGGUUGAAACAUCUGGUGCUUCAACUUAAGUUACGUGUUGAAUCAUUAAAUAAAUUAAAAAUAUACAUACAUAUAUAUAUAUAUAUAUGUAUAUGUAUGUGUGCAAUAAUGGCAAUACAGGCAGUGGAGCGACCCAUGUGUUUUCCUCGUGGUUUGUUUCGCUUGCCUUUUGUUGGGUAUUGGCAG